AUGCCAUCUCCACCCACACGACCAGUGCUGACCCUUGACCUUCCGUCAGAAACGAUCGAAUUCACUGGGGACUUUUCUGUGCCUGGGUACCUAUGGACGUACUUGACGUUUUACGCAGCGGGGGCUACACUAGUCGCCUCGUGGACUUGCUUUGUCCUGUCGAUUGAUGCAUUUGCCAAGUUGUAUCCCGAUGGCAUGGUGGGGUUUGUCUUUCCGGUGGUCAACAUGUCGUCCUUGCUAGUCAUCACCAUGUUCAUGCUCGUGGCUGGCCGUCAGUUGCCCCUUCACGUGCGAAUGGCUGGCGGGUUUGGCAGCCUCCUGCUCUCGAUCUUGGUCGUGCCGCUGCUCCAACUCGUUCCAAACAUCGACACCCAAGUCCGUUAUGUGGGCACACUGAUCAUGGUCAUUGUCACUUCUAUGGCGAGUGCGCUGAUCCAAUCGUCUAUCUACGGGUUGGGGGCGGUUUUUGGGCCGUCGUUCCUUCAAGCGAUCGACGGCGGCAAGGGCACCGGGGCGGUGCUCCUUGUCUUUGCUCGAAUCGCCACCAAGUGGACGUAUGACCAUGACAACCCUGGAAUGCUGUCCCUUUGCGUCUUCUUCGGCCUGGCCUGCGUCACGAUUGCUGUGUCUUGGACAUUGUACGCUAUGCUCCCCCAUAAUGAAUUCGCCAAACCAGUGCUGGAUAUGUACGUUCGUAUCCAGCACCUGACCCCUCUAGCCCUGCCCCUCCCGUCCCCCAUGCGAUCCCCCCAAAAGCAACAACUAUUCCAGACCUUUGCACCCACGGAAACGACUCCAAUCGUGGACAAGGAGCACAAUACUGAUGUGGGCUCGAUCCUAACUGUCUUACGACUAUCUUGGAAACCUGUGAGCAUGUCGUUCGUAACGUUUUGCGUCUGCCUCGCCUGCUAUCCCGGGCUAACCACCGCCAUUCAAUCCAACUCGAUUGGGCAAACGUGGUUUCCAGUGGUACUCACGGCAGCGUUUACUGUCGGGGACCUAGUCGGCAAGUCGCUGCCGUUGACUAUCCGACUGUUGACGUUGGAAACUCUGCAUUAUCCCCUUGUCGUCCAAGCUGCGUACAUCCCACUAUUUGUGCUCGCGGUGGUGUACUCGAAUGCCGUGUCCGACAUCGCCGCUAUCGCCCUCGUGACGUCGCUGGGGUUUGUCACGGGAUAUGUUGGGACAAGUGCGAUGAUCCUGGCCCCCACCCCCUGCAGCGAUGUCGAGCACGAAGUUGCUGGCAUGACAGGCUCGAUGGCUACAAUUGCCGGCCUCUUUGCAGGGUCCUACGUUGGACUAAUGUUGCAAUUCAUCCUUCGCUGUGUGACCGUUGGCAACGUUUAA